UUAAUUUUUUUUUGCUUUGAAACAAAGUUAGGACCAUAAAUUAAAUUCAUAAAAAUAUAAAUGAUGAUAAAUUAGUUUUUAUUUUGGUAAGCACUUGCAGAAAAGCAGAUUUUUCCGAUUUAUUUCUCUCAAUACUGAACUGUCCCAGAAAAAAUCAACCAUCUCUAUUGGGGCUCAUCGUCUUCAUCAACCGAAAUUAGAAGCUAUUUUUGCAUAUAAAUGGCAGACCCAAACUCCACCACCGCCGCCAAACCCAGAGUGGUUAUUUGCAUAGGUGAUAUCCAUGGCUACCUCGCAAAGCUACAAAACCUCUGGUCCAAUCUCCAAUCCGUAAUCAACCCAGAAGAGUUUAGCUCUGCUCUGGUCAUUUUUUUGGGUGAUUACUGUGACCGUGGUCCAGAUACCAAGAAAGUAAUAGAUUUCUUGUUAAAUUUACCCUCAGCCUAUCCAAAUCAGAAGCAUGUGUUUCUCUCUGGAAAUCACGACCUUGCUUUCGCCGCUUUUCUGGGAGUUUUGCCGGAGCCCGGAAACGGGGCGUCGUUUAAGGAGGGAUGGAAGGAAUAUGAAGUGAACGAGGAACGAGAAGGGUGGUAUAAGGGAGCUGGGUACGAGAACAUGUAUCUGCAAGGGAGGAGGUGGGCUGGGACUAUUAAAGUUCGGUUUAAUGCUACUAAAGGGACAGAGUAUAAGGGUUCUAUCUAUGAUGCUGGACCUACAUUUGAAUCCUAUGGAGUCCCUCAUGGGUCUGCUGAUCUAAUGAAGGUGGUUCCUGAUGAACACAAGAGGUUUCUGGCUGAUUUGGUUUGGGUCCAUGAAGAGGAAAAUGUAUGUAUAGAGAGUGAAGAAGGAAUUAAGCACUGUAAAUUGAUUGCUGUGCAUGCGGGAUUAGAGAAAGCGAAAAAUGUGGAAGAACAACUGAAAUUUUUGAAAGCUAAAGACACCAGAGUGCCCAAGGUAGAAGCUCUUAGUGGGAGGAAAAAUGUGUGGGAUAUCCCAAAGGAAUUAACUGAAAAGCCAACCAUUGUGGUUAGUGGUCAUCAUGGGAAACUUCAUAUUGAAGGUCUUAGAUUGAUUAUUGAUGAAGGUGGUGGACUGGAGAAUAAUCCAGUGGCUGCUAUUGUGCUUCCCUCAAUGAAGCUUGUCCGAGAUACCGACGACUUGACAAAGUAACUUAAAUUUUGUGGUAGAUUAUGUGAUAACAUUGCCUUGAUUUGAUACUUUUCGAAACUUAGCCAAAGGUAUUUAUCUGUUCAUGGAGUUUGAUACUUACUAGCUUUGAUGGAUGCAUUCACUUGUUAUAAUCGUUCUGGUAUUCUUUCGAUA